AUGUCUCACUCCAAUCAACAACUUGAUGCCCCCGCCCAGUUCCUUCAUGCAAUCAAUUUUACCUUGCCUAAAUUCUGGCAACACGCUCCAGAACUUUACUUCAUCCGCAUAGAAUCAGCCUUUUAUUCUGCCAUCCUUACCAAGGAACUAGCAAAAUACCACAAACUUGUGGAGGUCCUCCCCGCUAGUGUCAUCUCACAAGUUCAGUCCUUGCUAGCUAAUCCUCCUGUUGAUGCUCCUUUCUCCACGUUUAAGGCGGAAAUUCUACGACUUAAUUCUGUAUCUGACCGACAGCGGUAUCAUCAGUUAUUUAAGGAGGAGUCACUGGGUGAUUGGAAGCCUUCAGAGCAUCCACGUCGAAUGCGAUCUCUCUUUGAAGACAUGGAAGUAGACGAUAAAUUUGUCAGGGACAUUUUCCUAGAACGUCUGCCCACAGAUGUUCAAACGAUCCUGGCUUCCGCCUCUGAAGACCUUACGGUCUCACAGCUGGCUGAGAUGGCGGAUCGAAUAAUAGAGGUGCAGCGAUUCCAGCCACCUUCCGUUGCCAAGAUCUCCUCAUCUUCAUCGUCAGUGAAUGAAAAUUUAUUGAAACAGGUUUCGGCCAUGGCAGAUGACAUGGCCUCCCUUAAAAUACAGCUCGACCGCAUAGCUUCCAGUCGCUCACACAGCCGUCGUCGUUCUCGUUCGCGACCUCGGACUGCUGAUACUUGACGGUAUCACACUAAUUUCGGCGUAAAGGCCCGUCAUUGUUCCUCACCCUGCUCUUUAAACCGAAACAGGGAAACCAGUCAGCCAGAGAAUAGAUGCGACCGUUUUUUCUGGCUGUUCCGGCUCUGGUCGCACCUUCUAUGUUUCCGACACUGCGACUCGCAGACGUUUUCUUGUGGACACUGGAGCCCAAAUCAGUGUUGUUCCCCCAACUGCAGCUGAUCGUCGUUUCCCUAGCCCUGGUCUUCAUCUUCAAGCUGUUAACUGUUCCCCCGUUCCCACUUUUGACAGUCGUUCCUCACCCUGAACAUUUGCCUUCGUCGGUUAUUUGCCUGGAUAUUUUUGAUUGUUGAUGUCCCUCAUGCAAUCCUCGGCUCGGACUUUCUUGCCGAGUUCGAACUCCUUGUUGACUGCCGACGUACCCGUCUCCUCGACCGCACUACCGGUUUGUUUUUUCGUGGACUAACUCUCUUUACUGCACCCACCAACUUAUCUGUCUUGAAUACGGAUAUUGCUAGUCCUUUUCGGCAACUGCUGCUUAGUCAUCCCAACAUAAUUAACCCACAGAUUCGCAGUGGUGAAGUUCAAAGUGAUGUUGUGCACCACAUCCGCACCUCAUGUCCUCCUGUGUAGCUCGACCGAGACGACUAUCACCGGAGCGUUUUCAGGACGCAAAGGCGGAGUUUGAACACAUGCUGCAAUUGUGAAUAACUCGACCUUCCGAGAGCCCUUGGGCGUCUCCACAGCACGUGGUGCCCCAGACAACAUCAGGCGACUGGCGAUCCAGUGGCGACUAUCGUGCCCUCAACAGCGCUACCAUUCCUGAUCGGUACCCCGUGCAUCAUCUUCAGAACUUUGCUGGAGCCCUUUUCGGCAAAGCAGUUUUCUCGAAGAUUGAUCUGGUGCGUGCUUUUCAUCAGAUUCCAGUCGCCACUGCGCACCUCCCUGAAACCGCCGUCACCACACCCUUCGGUCUAUUUGAGUUCGUCCGCAUGCCGUUUGGUCUUCGUAAUGCCGCUCAAAAGUUCAAAUGGUUCAUUAACCAUGUCUUACGUGGCCUACCCUUUGUUUACGCCUACAUUGAUGACCUCUUGAUGGCCAGCCGGAAUGAAGAAGAACACAAAGAACACCUUUCCUUGGUGUUUGACCGCCUUGACAAGUUUGGCGUUGUCAUCAACCCCUACAUGUGCGUGUUGGGUGUGCCUUCGCUCGAGUUCCUUGGUAACAAGGUCGAGUCUAAAGGUUUGCGUUCCCUCCCAUCCUAG